AUGUCUCUCCCAUGGCCGUGUCUCACCCCAAGUGCUGGACCUCGCAACCGCCUACAAGGCGGACGGUCAACAGCUGCUACUUCGACCCCCAAUGUCCUUUCUGCCCGGGCACAUGUCCACUUGACAUGUUUGCUCACCCAGCAGCUUUGGCGGGACAAGAAGUACCAGCUGGCAUGGCCCUGCAUGAGCUGUCCAUCAGCCUCAGUGAAACGUCUUAGCGAGAACUCAGCCCCUGUCGCUGCUGAGCCAACCGCCGACCCCCAACCUGCAGAAGACGCUGCUCCUGCAUCCCCUCAAGCGCCCGCCGUCGAGGCUGUCGAAGCCUCACCGGCCAAGGCUGCUGCUGCUCCCGCGGAGACACCAGAGGAGGCGAAAGUUGAGAAGAAGGAAAAGUCCCCCAAAGACUUGGCCAAGCUGGCCCAACGGUUCAGCGGCCGCUUGUUCGGCGCUGUUGGCGAGAAGAAGAAAGAGCCCACAAAGAAGCCCGAGCCCACACAGGAAGAAGAGGCCGAAUCGGCAGCCCCCGCUGAGCCCGUGCCCGUCUCCGACGCCGCCCCACAGAUUCCUGCCAACACUACGCCCGAGGUCUCGCAGGCGGCCACCGAGCCCGCCCCUGUGAUCGCAGCCGCCGCAUGA